AUGUUUGAUGCCAAGGAUUACCUGUCUCGUUUCAAGUCCAUGGUGGAUCAACUGCAGACUCGUAAGGAUGUGACUGUGUCAAAGUUUGAGAUUCGGCCACCUGCCACCAAAGACAACGUUGACUCUGCCAAGCGAUAUCUUGAGGAACACCAAUACCCUGGCAGCUUUUUGAGCGACGACAUUCUUGCUUUCUACCGGGCUGCCAAUGGAUUUAAACUAGAGUGGACUUUUACUGGCCCUCUAGAAAGGCUUCAUCAAGGUACCUCGGAGAAAAUGGAUGUUUCCAGUGGGAGUGUCUAUGGAAGCAUUGAUAUCUGCCCUAUCCAAAAAGUCUUUGACAACGAAAUGGCCUUGACUUGUGACUAUGGUGACGAUCAUCGCUACAGACCAUUGCAUUGCUUGGAUGCAUUCAUACCAGAAGCCUGUGCUGCUUUCUAUUUCGAAAGCAGCAAGAAGAGUCCCGGCGACACCACCAUCAACACCAACAGCAGCAGCAAUGCCAACAACCUGAUGGUCUACUACCAUUUCUGGGGCGAAAGCUUGGGGCGAAUGGAACUGGAUUUUGUGGGGUAUCUCGAGAAACUGUUGAAAGCAAAAGGAUUUGGAUACUGGCAACGUGCCAUUGCCGCCGACGAAGAAAAAUCAUUCAAUCCACAGAAUCCAAUCAGUUCUGAGGAACGACGCUUUCGGCAUGUCAUGCCUAUAUUGUUCCAAGAUGAUUACAAUGACAAGGACUUUCUUCGUGUCGACAGAUGUCGUCUGAAGCAUCUUUCUAUAAAAGAUUAUCCAACCAAUGCACACGACAAAGAUCCUCCUGCUUUUAUUCCACGCAAGUAUGAGGAUGGUCCCAUUACUCUAGAGUCUCACCAACGAAAAAAGGCAGCAUUACAGGUGUUGGCAGCAUCCAGAAGAAGGCACCAACAAUCUUCUAGCAGUGAUGAUGAUGACGAUGAUGACGAUGAUGACGACGAAGGCAAAGAUACUCCUCCGUGGAAACGGAAAAAGCAGGUAUAG